AUGGCCGCUGCCGCGCUAGUCUUACAACCCCCUACUCUUACCCCUAAGCCUUCGUGCUACCACCGCAUCGUCUCGCCGACGCUGCGGGUCCCGACGGACGCCCGCACGCCCGUCCCCGUCGGCCUGCUCGCUUGCCAGCGAGACCCGUUGUUGCGCGAAUUGGCGACGCGCGUGGUGAGCGCGCGCCCUGCGCAGGCCUCUGACAGCGGCAAGAAGAAGAAAUCAGCGAGCGACCCCGGGCCCCUGCUCGAAAUAAUACUGCAUGACACGGUGCUCUUCCCCGAGGGCGGCGGGCAGCCGUCCGACGUCGGGGUGCUCGCGACGGCGGACGGGGCGGCGUGGGAGGUGGUCGAGGUCAGGCGGGUCGGCGGGCACGCGGUGCACUACGUGCGUUGUGCGCCUGGGAGUGCGACUGCGUUUGGGGUCGGCGAGGAGGUGCGCGUCGCGCUCGGCGAGGAGGGCUGGGCAAGGCGGGUCGACCAUAUGAGCAUGCACACCGCGCAGCAUGUCCUCUCCGCGCUCCUGGAGACGCAUCUCGCGCUGCCCACGCUCUCCUGGUCGCUCCCCGCGCACCCCUCGCCCGCGCCGGGCACCGUCGAGCUCCCGCGCGCGCUCACGCCCGCCGAAACGGCGCAAAUACAAGCGCUCGCGGGUCAAUUGGCAUUCGAGGGGCGCAGGGUGCACGUCGAGGUCUCGGAAUUGGAUGGUGGCGAGCACGGGCAGCUGCAGGCGGUCGAGAAGCUCGAGAAUGGUAGGGCGGUGGGGAAGGGCGUGCCGAAGGAUUACACUGGCGGCGUGAAGCGCGUCGUGGUCAUCGACGGGGUGGAUCGCAAUCCAUGCUGCGGCACGCACCUCCCAAGCAUCCACACCCUCCCGCUCUUCCUCGUUCCCCCGCUCCCCACCUCCUCCGCAUCAUCCGUGCGCCUCUCCUUCCUCGCGGGCCCGCGCCUCCUGUCGCACCUCGGGUCCCUCAACGCCCUGCUAGCGAGCACGGCCGCGACGCUCAGCUGCGGCGCGCCGCUCGUCCCGGAGCGCGUGCGGCAGGUCGUGGAGGAGCGGCGGCGCGCGGAGAAGAGGGUCGCGGAGGUGGAGGGAGAGCUAGCGGGGAUGGUGGCGGGGGAGCUGUUGAAGGAUAUGCAGUCCAAGGGAGGGGACGAUGUGUACGCAGUGCACAAACACCGCACGGACGACACACCCGCUGCGCUAUCCUUCCUCUCGGCUAUCGCCACAUCCCUCGUAUCUUCCGCGUCCGGGCGGUAUCUCCUCGCCCUCUCCUCGUCACCCUCAUCCCAGUCCGCAGCGAGCACGAGCGUCGUGCUCGUAUUCGGCUCAGACCAUAAAUUGGUUAGAGAAGUUGGGGAACGCUUGAAGCAAAUGGGUGUGAAGGGCGGCGGGAAGGGCGGGCGAUGGAGCGGGAAGUUUGCGGGAGUUUGGAGGGAGAGGGAGGGAGCGGAGAUUACCAGUGUAUUCGUAUCAAGCGAGGAGGCACUUACUAUCACAACCGUUUGGUAG